AUGGCUUCGGCCUCACCCGCUGUGACCAUGUCGGGCCACGGGGCCCGGAACCUGCUGCAGUUCCUGCGGCUGGUGGGGCAGCUCAAGAGAGUCCCACGGACUGGCUGGGUAUACAGAAAUGUCCAGAAGCCAGAGAGCGUAUCAGAUCACAUGUACAGGAUGGCAGUUAUGGCUCUGGUGACCAAAGAUGAAUGUCUUAACAAAGACCGAUGUGUACGCCUAGCCCUGGUUCAUGAUAUGGCAGAAUGCAUCGUUGGGGACAUAGCGCCAGCAGAUAACGUCCCCAAAGAAGAAAAACAUAGGCGAGAAGAGGAAGCAAUGAAGCAGCUAACCCAGCUCCUCCCCAAGGAUCUCCAGAAGGAGCUCUAUGAACUUUGGGAAGAAUACGAGACCCAGUCUAGUGCAGAAGCCAAAUUCGUGAAGCAGCUGGACCAGUGUGAGAUGAUUCUUCAGGCAUCUGAGUAUGAAGACCUUGAGAACAAGCCUGGGAGACUGCAGGACUUUUACGACUCCACAGCAGGAAAAUUCAGUCACCCGGAGAUAGUCCAGCUUGUUUCUGAACUUGAGGCAGAAAGAAAUGCUAACAUAGCCAGCGCCGCCAGUGAGCCACACUCCUGA